CGCAAACCCAACUAACAAAAAGAAACCCGAGGACCACUAACAGUAUUAGUGUGGUUUUUAGUUUCUUGGCGUUGAGUUUAUCAAACAUAAAAAAGUAUUUACGAUGAAAUCUUACAUGAGUGUUGCGCUAGUUGCAGUGUAUUUAUUCGGUCUUAUUGUUUCUUUGAAUAGUUCGCCUAUUAGCAGCUGCCUACCAGGGACAUCAGGGAAAUCAAACGCUAUGACCGAAGCUAUAAGCAAAUUGGAAAAUAACAUUUCGACUUGCGGAGUUUCAAAAGCAUCACCCAAACCUGUACCAAACGUAGAAGGAACUGCUAAAAUAUUAAAUGGUAAAAAAGAUGAUGGCCAAAUAAUUUGCUUUUCGGAAUUAAAACUAGACACAGAGUUCAAUUUACGAGCUACCGAUGCUUGGAAAGAGAUUCUUGAUGGACUAAUAAAAAACGGAAAUUCAGCAGACCAAGAAAAUAAUGCACGUGUGUUAUUAUUAGUUUAUACAAAAACAAAAUUAAUGAAGAAAGUGGGCGAGAAGAAAUUAAGAUCAGAAGAAUGUAAAGGUAUCGACGAUAAACUAAAUGGGGCCAUCGAUUUGUUCAUAGGAGAAGUGAAAUCGGAUUAA